AUGCACAAGGGCCAUUGGCAGCAGACCUAUAUUAACACGGCCGGUCACCAUAUAUCCUUCACAAUGAGAGAGCGUCUUACACCAAGGAGGGUUGAGGAAAAGAAGAAACUUUCAAAAUCUGUGCAUGUAAUCAAAUCACGAGCACCUCCGGCCCGGUGUCCGGGCCCAACCAACAUCAACGCGGAUGUUACAGCCAAGUGUAAACUCCCGACGGGCGCACCGGUGAAUAUGGUUGCAAGAUCCACCCGAGGUGGCGCUGUCGACGAUGAUGGACGUAAAUGCGGGAAUCUUAGCUCCUUUUUUCAGUACGACGGCGCAUUGAACGUGUCAAUUGGCGACGAGGUCCAUGAGGCAGUGGUAACCGUCAACAUCGAUCACCAGAAGGACGAUGGUAACCGUUCGCAAAAUCCCGAGUUCAAGGAUUGUUUAAUCCUACAUAAGUCAGAUUUUCGGCUUUGA